AUGGCGCAGAAGUCCGCGUAUGAGGAACCUAUCCAGAUUCUCUGGAACACCAUUCUCCAGUCUUGGUUCCCUGCUGUCGGAGGACAAACAGCUUACAAGCUCGCCACCAAAGCCUCAGUCUUGGCCAACAAUGACCAGUCUGAUGCAGUCGUUAUCGAGGUUCGAUUGGUCGGUGCUGGACUCGUCCGGGACUCGACGAUGCUCAUGGAGUACCAGAUCUUCAUGGUUGAAUGCAAGAGCUCGGAGCACGAUAGCAACAGCGGAUGGGCCUCGGCUGCAACCCAGCUCACCCAUUACAUGGAGCAAAACACCAAUGUGUCUAGGAGGCUUUUUGGAGCUGUGGCCAUUGGAACCAAGGUGCAAUUUUAUGAAUGGGAGUACCGACACAAUCGGUCAUCUCUGCGACCAAUUCACCCUGCGCGACUGGACCUGGGUGAUGCUGGGGAUCGUCAAACACUCGAGACGAUGUUGGACCAUGUUAGGACUCAGGGAUGGAAUCUGGCACAGCUUAGCACUUGA